UGCUCCCCGUCCUCCUCCCUAUAAACUGCAAAAAAUCUCCUUUGUUUCUACUUUGCUGUUGCACCAGAAUUGUAUACAAGGUUUGUAGCAUUCUCUGAUCCAGAAAACACAAGAAAUGGCAUCGUCCAACGUGACAUUGCUCGCCUUCUGUGUUGCCCUCACACUAUCAGUGCUUUGCAAUGACGCAGCAUCAGCAUCGGCAGAAGCAGUUGCACAACCGUUACGGCAGAGUCACAGAAAGGCGUCCAAGACCUGGUGCGUCGCCAAGCCGUCAUCACAGGUGGCGGCUCUGCAGGAUAACCUGGACUUUGCCUGCUCGGAGAGCGACUGCGGCGCCAUCCAGGGCACAGGCGGCUGCACCCGCCCCGACAGCCUGCUGUCGCGGGCGUCGGUGGCGAUGAACGCCUACUACCAGGCCCGGGGGAGGAACUCCUGGAACUGCUUCUUCAACGGCACCGGCCUCAUCACCAUCACCGACCCCAGUCUUGGCACCUGCAAAUACGCUUGAGCUGGGAGGAAUGCGGCGCAGCUGAGCACGGAAUCCGACCAAAUAAGAAUUUAGGAUGAUGAAUGGCCGCUUUUAGUUUGUUCAUGUGUUGCAGCAUCAGACAUGCUAGAAUUUCUCUCAAUGUUAGCUUCGAUGUCUAUGUAAUCUCUAAAGACUCCCAAUGUUGGCUUUUAUGUCCAAGUAACCUUUAGAGAUAAUCAUAUGCUUCUUUCAC